AAAAAAGAGACCUGAUAAGAAGAUGAAAAAAAGAGAUAACAGGACAUGAAGAGCAGUUGUCUCUUAACUGAUAGAGCGAGAGGAACUAAAGCAAACAUGCCCCCACCAGCUACCACAAACCUGGGCUACACCCCUCCAGAUGGAGGCUGGGGCUGGGCCGUGGUGUUUGGAUCCUUCAUCUCCAUCGGCUUCUCUUACGCCUUCCCCAAAUCCCUUACCAUCUACUUCAAGGAGUAUUUCUCCAUCUCCUACAGUGAGAUAGCCUGGGUCUCCGCCAUCAUGCUGGCUACCUUGCAUGCAGGAGGCUUUGGCUUAGCUUUUCACCUGCAACCAGCUCUUACCAUAAUCUGUCUUCCUGUCCACCCUGGCUCCCCUCAACCAGUUUCUCUUUGACCAUUUUGGAUGGCGAGGAAGCUUCCUCAUCCUUGGAGGAGUGGUGCUCAACUGCUAAAACUGCCAGUGAGCAAAACCACUGAUAAGAACGAGGCAGGAAACUGGACGUCACAUCUCAGACAGCUGGACAAAACAAGUCCAAGCAGUCAGGCUGUGCCGCAAAU